GUACGUGAUCUGAUGUGAUUCGACAGAGAUGUGAAGAGCAGCUAUGAGUUUAACAGCAGCAGCGAGUGGACUUGUUGUCCUCCUUCUCUCUGUACAAGUGGUACAGGGUCAGAGUGACGGGGGAGUGACUUACACUUCCACUCAGAUCUGUGCCAUCAAAGGAUCCACAGUGAUUAUACCCUGUACAUACAGAUACCCAUCCAGAAUGAAGGACCGCAACACUACAGUUGAGAAAUCAUUGUGGUUUACUAAAAUGAAUGGAACUGUUCCUGUGGAUCUGACAGCAGACCCAGAGUAUUCAGGCCGUGUGCAGUACAAUCCUGCGAACAACCUCUGCACUCUGAGACUCACAGACCUGAGAGAGAGUGACUCAGCUGAGUACAUGUUCAUGUUCAUAACAAACCAACCAGAUGGGAGAUUUAUUGGUUCACCUGGAGUCACUUUGUCUGUCUCAGAACCACAUCUCGAGAUGCGGGUGAUCAGUCAUUUACAUUAUGCUACAUAUCUUGAAGAUUAUAUCUGGGAAGAGCCGAAGCUGAAGUGCCUAAGCAGUUGUCGUCUACCUGAUUAUCCUUCAUUCAUCUUCUACAAGAAUGGACAGAAAAUGUCAGAAGCGACACAUUCAGAGGAAACUCAUGCAGCAGACAGCUAUUCCUGUGCUCUUGAAGGAUACGAGGCUUUCCCCUCUCCUCCGGUGUGUAUCAAUGAUGAAUCCUGCAACAGAGUGACGUACACUGACAGAAGCGUCUGUGCCGUCAGAGGCUCAUUGGUGAACAUUUCUUGCACAUACAACAACAAUGAAACCAUCACAUCUAAAUUCUGGUUCCGUCCUGAAGGUAGAGAUCAGCGGAAGAAUCCUGAGGACCUUAGAGAAGACUCCCAGUAUGCAGGUCGUGUUCAGAUCAUUGAGACAGAGAGAGGACGCUCCACUCUGAGAAUCGCCGACCUGAGAGAGAGCGAUUCAGCCGCGUAUCACUUCAAAUUCAAGACACAAAGCUUUGAAUGGAGGAGUAGUUUACCUGGUACAAAUCUGACUGUCACAGCUCUCCAGGUGCAGGUGACCAGAAUAACAGUCCAGCAGUCUCACACCGAUGCAGAGCUGAAGUGUCACAGCAGCUGCAGUCCAGCUGGUCAUCCUUCCUACGUCUGGUUCAAGAAUGGAGAGGAGAUGAUGGGUGUGGAGACAUCUAGUAUUAAGGCUCAGCUUUAUCCUGCAGACAACAUCUCCUGUGCUGUAAAGGGACAUCAGGAAUUCCCCUCUCCUGCAGUGUAUGCUCCAAAGCUUCCCUCUGUGUCAGUGAAUCCUUCUGCUGAGAUCGUGGAGGGCAGUUCAGUGACUCUGACCUGUAGCAGUGAUGCUAACCCAGCAGCUAAAUACACCUGGUACAAGGAGAAUGGAAAUCCAGAUGUUAUAUCUGUCAGUGAAGAACCACAGCUUGUCUUCAGCUCCAUCCAGUCCUCUGACUCUGGACAGUAUCACUGUGCAGCUGAGAACGAGCUGGGGAGGAGGGCGUCUAGUCACAUCACCAUUAAUGUGAAAUAUGCUCCAAAGCUUCCCUCUGUGUCAGUGAAUCCUUCUGCUGAGAUUGUGGAGGGCAGUUCAGUGACUCUGACCUGUAGCAGUGAUGCUAACCCAGCAGCUAACUACACCUGGUACAAGGAGAAUGAAGACUCACCAAAAGCAUCAGGACAGAUCUUCACCAUCACUGACGUCAGACCUGAACACAGUGGGAAUUACUACUGUGAAGCUGAGAACACAAGAGGACGUCAUUACUCCGCCUUACAACUGACAGUUGUGGCAGAUAAAUUAAUGAUGACCAUGAAUAUCCUCAGGCUGACUCUGGUGGUUGUGAUGCCGACUCUACUGCUUCUUUAUUCCCUGUGGAUGAGGAGGCAGAAAACUUUGAGCUCCACUGAGCCAUAUGAAGACAUAGAGACUGUGGAGUUGGAGUCUGAUCCUGAUUAUGUCAACGUCUCAGCAGUGGACACCGUCAGUGCAGGACAGAGAAGACACAGAGGAGCAGCAAGACUUGGUGUGAAGGUCAUGUAAAGUCAAACCAGAAGAAGAGUCACCUGAAUGGAAACAGAGAUACACAGCAUAUAAGUGGAUACAUUUACCUUCAACUCCAAAUGUUUUUACUUCCAGUUUUUAUGUAGCAGCAGCAGUUAGGUGUCAGCAGCAGCAUGCAGCAGAAGAUUUUAGGAGAAUGCAAGCUUUUUUUGUACCUGUGCAGGUAGAUGACGUGUUCGGAAUUUAACUUGGUAUGCAAUAUGUUAUUUUCAAUGUUGAUGUGAUAAAUUGGUUUCAAGAAAUGCUGAUCAUAUCACACCUGUCCUGGUAGAGAAAGCCAGUUAAGCCAAAAAAGACAUGGAAGCAAAAUAUUUCACAGCAUGUAGAGAAUAUUUUGUAUUAUAGUAGAGUAUAUGUUAAUAUAUUGAAAAAUAUAGACCCUUUUAGGGCUGAUGUCAUAAUGACGUCAUUUUAUUAGCUGGAGGUGCAGCUGCCUCUCCCCCACAGGGCUGUAGGCUACACAGGAGUGUUAAAAUGUGUUUGUCUUGUUGUGUUAUUGGGAGCCAGAAUAGAAGCAGUCAUGGCUCAAAACCAGCCGCUACUGCCCGUCAACAAAAACAAAGACAACUAUGGUUAAAUGUGAUAAGACGAAAGGACUGGACGGAGGCCAUCAUCAAAAAUGCUCACAUGUGCAACGCACACUUCAUAUCAGGUUAGGGAAAAAGUAUUUCCUGUUGUAGGGAUGAAUAAGGUUAUGUGUAUUAAGGGUUAUCAUGUCCACCUCAUCAGAAACUGGGGAGGGAUUAAGAGGAAGAUUGGAUUUCUCUGCAACGCUAACUUUUUAGCACAUUAGCUAACGUUAGCCUCCAUAGCAAAACAAACAAGUGUGGUCCUCCUUUGUAAGAUUGGCUUCCUGUGACAUCAUCCAUCCACUGAGUGAGAGCAUACGGGUCGGCCAGUCUGGUCCCGUUGGUCAGUGUUUACUUAUUCAAGUAACACUGGCGGUCCCGGAGAGUGAGUGACCUGACAUGGUGCGUUGGUAAAUUCAGUCUGACGCUCUACACUAAAAUGAGAGCCCUGUUGGUGGAAGAAACGCAGCGUUAUAUUUCUACAUGAAUGAACCAACGGUUAAGUUAAUCACACAUUCACUCCGCUCGGCGCUCUGCUGCUCCGUCUCCACAGACAGAGUGUCCAGAGUGCGCUCUGCCACUCUGAGAGUGCGCUGCUCUGGAUAACCCAACGCUACAUUCAGACAGCGCUCCCAAUUUAUCAACACUCCAGUUUGUGUCAGAGUGCGCGCCAAUGAAUCAUUCUGAAUGCACCACUCACAUCAUCUUCCUCAUCUUCCUACUAGUGCCGGCUAAUAUCUGUGGAGAAUUGCUUUGCCUCCAGCUAAGCCCCGCCCUCCAAGAAACAUCAUACCAUUUACUAAAAGUAAAGGGGUCUAUCAGGUCAGCUCUGUACACUUUGCCCGUGUUAACAUUUUCUAUGCAUUGCAUGUAUGGUACCUUGAAGAUCAUGUCAGUUCCCCCACACUGCUGCAGAGGGCGACAGUGUGCAAGAAGUUUUGAUUCCAGCUUAAAAAACUCUUUUGUGCUUUUUAUUCAAACUAAAGUUUAUUUGUUUCUCAGUAAUGAGUCCAAAUAAAAUUCAGAUCUGUUUGUUUGCUCUGACUUAUUUUUCCACCUACAAAACUUGUCACAGUGUAAUAAGCAUGGCUUCAUUUGAAC